GGAAACGUCUGCUCACAGUGUGGGAAGAGUUUUAAUACACAGAGUGCUCUCAAAGAACACCAGCGCAUUCACACUGGAGAGAAACCGUAUCAGUGCUCACAGUGUGGUAAGAGUUUUGAUCAUCAGAGUGUACUCAAAAAACACCAGCGCAUUCACACUGGAGAGAAACCGUAUCUGUGUUCACAGUGUGGGAAGAGUUUUAAUACACAGAGUACUCUCAAAAUACACCAGCGCAUUCACACUGGAGAGAAACUGUAUCAGUGCUCACAGUGUGGGAAGAGUUUUAAUCAACAGACUAAUCUCAAAACACACCAGCGCAUUCAUACUAGGGAGAAACCAUAUCAGUGCUCACAGUGUGGGAAGAGUUUUAAUUAUCGGAGUCAUCUCAAAUCACACCAGCGCAUUCACACUGGAGAGAAACCAUUUCAGUGCUCACAGUGUGGGAAGAGUUUUAUUGAACAGAGUGAUCUCAUAAAACACCAGCGCAUUCACACUGGAGAGAAACCGUAUCAGUGCUCACAAUGUGGGAAGAGUUUUAAUUAUCGGAGUCAUCUGAAAUCACACCAGCGCAUUCACACUGGAGAGAAACCGUAUCAGUGCUCACAGUGUGGGAAGAGUUUUAUUGAACAGAGUGCUCUCAAAAAACACCAGCGCAUUCACACUGGAGAGAAACCGUAUCAGUGCUCACAGUGUGGGAAGAGUUUUAAUUAUCGGAGUCAUCUCAAAUCACACCAGCGCAUUCACACUGGAGAGAAACCAUAUCAGUGCUCACAGUGUGAAAAGAGUUUUAAUCAACAAAGUGCUCUCAAAAUCCACCAGCGCAUUCACACUGGAGAAAAACCGUAUCAGUGCUCACAGUGCGGGAAGAGUUUUAAUCAACAGAGUAAUCUCAAAAAACACCAGCGAAUUCACGCUGGAGAGAAACCCUAUCAGUGCUCACAGUGUGGAAAGAGUUUUAAUACACAGAGUGCUCUCAAAGAACACCAGCGCAUUCACACUGGAGAGAAACCGUAUCAGUGCUCACAGUGUGGGAAGAGUUUUAAUCAACAGAGUAAUCUCAAAAAACACCAGCGAAUUCACACUAGGGAGAAACCGUAUCAGUGCUCACAGUGUGGGAAGAGUUUUAAUUAUCGGAGUCAUCUCAAAUCACACCAGCGCAUUCACACUGGAGAGAAACCAUAUCAGUGCUCACAGUGUGGGAAGAGUUUUAUUGAACAGAGUGAUUUCAUAAAACACCAGCGCAUUCACACUGGAGAGAAACCGUAUCAGUGCUUACAAUGUGGGAAGAGUUUUAAUUAUCGGAGUCAUCUCAAAUCACACCAGCGCAUUCACACUGGAGAGAAACCGUAUCAGUGCUCACAGUGUGGGAAGAGUUUUAUUGAACAGAGUGCUCUCAAAAAACACCAGCGCAUUCACACUGGAGAGAAACCGUAUCAGUGCUCACAGUGUGGGAAGAGUUUUAUUGAACAGAGUGCUCUCAAAAUCCACCAGCGCAUUCACACUGGAGAAAAACCGUAUCAGUGCUCACAGUGCGGGAAGAGUUUUAAUCAACAGAGUAAUCUCAAAAAACACCAGCGAAUUCACGCUGGAGAGAAACCCUAUCAGUGCUCACAGUGUGGAAAGAGUUUUAAUACACAGAGUGCUCUCAAAGAACACCAGCGCAUUCACACUGGAGAGAAACCGUAUCAGUGCUCACAGUGUGGGAAGAGUUUUAAUCAACAGAGUAAUCUCAAAAAACACCAGCGAAUUCACACUAGGGAGAAACCGUAUCAGUGCUCACAGUGUGGGAAGAGUUUUAAUUAUCGGAGUCAUCUCAAAUCACACCAGCGCAUUCACACUGGAGAGAAACCAUAUCAGUGCUCACAGUGUGGGAAGAGUUUUAUUGAACAGAGUGAUUUCAUAAAACACCAGCGCAUUCACACUGGAGAGAAACCGUAUCAGUGCUUACAAUGUGGGAAGAGUUUUAAUUAUCGGAGUCAUCUCAAAUCACACCAGCGCAUUCACACUGGAGAGAAACCGUAUCAGUGCUCACAGUGUGGGAAGAGUUUUAUUGAACAGAGUGCUCUCAAAAAACACCAGCGCAUUCACACUGGAGAGAAACCGUAUCAGUGCUCACAGUGUGGGAAGAGUUUUAUUGAACAGAGUGCUCUCAAAAAACACCAGCGCAUUCACACUGGAGAGAAACCGUAUCAGUGCUCACAGUGUGGGAAGAGUUUUAAUUAUCGGAGUCAUCUCAAAUCACACCAGCGCAUUCACACUGGAGAGAAACCAUAUCAGUGCUCACAGUGUGAAAAGAGUUUUAAUCAACAAAGUGCUCUCAAAAUCCACCAGCGCAUUCACACUGGAGAAAAACCGUAUCAGUGCUCACAGUGUGGGAAGAGUUUUAAUCAACAGAGUAAUCUCAAAAAACACCAGCGAAUUCACGCUGGAGAGAAACCCUAUCAGUGCUCACAGUGUGGAAAGAGUUUUAAUACACAGAGUGCUCUCAAAGAACACCAGCGCAUUCACACUGGAGAGAAACCGUAUCAGUGCUCACAGUGUGGGAAGAGUUUUAAUCAACAGAGUAAUCUCAAAAAACACCAGCGAAUUCACACUAGGUAGAAACCGUAUCAGUGCUCACAGUGUGGGAAGAGUUUUAAUUAUCGGAGUCAUCUCAAAUCACACCAGCGCAUUCACACUGGAGAGAAACCAUAUCAGUGCUCACAGUGUGGGAAGAGUUUUAUUGAACAGAGUGAUUUCAUAAAACACCAGCGCAUUCACACUGGAGAGAAACCGUAUCAGUGCUCACAAUGUGGAAAGAGUUUUAAUUAUCGGAGUCAUCUCAUAUCACACCAGCGCAUUCACACUGGAGAGAAACCGUAUCAGUGCUCACAGUGUGGGAAGAGUUUUAUUGAACAGAGUGAUCUCAUUAAACACCAGCGCAUUCACACUGGAGAGAAACCGUAUCAGUGCUCACAAUGUGGGAAGAGUUUUAAUUAUCAGAGUCAUCUCAAAUCACACCAGCGCAUUCACACUGGAGAGAAACCAUAUCAGUGCUCACAGUGUGGGAAGAGUUUUAUUGAACAGAGUGAUUUCAUAAAACACCAGCGCAUUCACACUGGAGAGAAACCGUAUCAGUGCUCACAGUGUGGAAAGAGUUUUAAUACACAGAGUGCUCUCAAAGAACACCAGCGCAUUCACACUGGAGAGAAACCGUAUUAGUGCUCACAGUGUGGGAAGAGUUUUAAUGAACAGGGUAGUCUCAAAAGACACCAGCGCAUUCACACUUGAGAGAAACCGUAUCAGUGCUCACAGUGUUGAAAGAGAUGUUUUGAAUAAAAGUGUUGACUAAAUGCUACAAAUGUGUGUAAAUGAGUAUGAAAGUGAGUGAGCUGAGUGAGUGGGACGGUUAGUGAGUGACGUCGUCAGAUGAAUUGGUGCUUCAUCCAGCUAAACGUGGUGGUAAGGAACUUUUUUAUUUCCAGGUUUAUGAGUUUACAUCGUUUUCACUUUUAACAUAUAUUUAAAUUUGAGUUCAUCCCUAAUCUAAAACUAUUUUUUUCUUGUUAAUAAUGUAGAAU